UGUUGAUUCAAUAGCAUUAUCAUUGAUCAACAUUGCUUAAACAUUAACUGAGGGUGCAAAAGUGAUGUUGAAAAAAUAUCACUUUCUAAUGUUGAAUCAGUAAUAUUACCAUUGAUUUGAGGUUGAAAUCUCAACAUUGCUUCAAAAUUAACUGAGGGUGCAAGAGUGAUACUAAAGCAACAUCACUUUCUAACGUUAAUUCAAUGCAAUUAGCAUUGACGCAUCAACAAUGACUCAACAUUGUUUCAAGAAUCACAUGCUAUCUGGGAUAGGAUCAUUCUGUGAUACUUUUGUGUCUUUUUAAAAGAUUUUGAUGCUGGUCGCUAAACAUUAAAUGGACAUGCAUGAGUGGGACAUUUUUAAAAAAAAUUCUAUCCAUAAAAGUAAGAAAGGCAUAUGGCAUUAAAUAGCAGUGUGAGUAAAUGAUGACUUAAUUUUCAUUUUAGGAUAAACUAUCCCUCUAACACCUAAAUAAAGGCUGGAAUUUAAGUCACUCCACCUCUUUAUCUUUCCUCACCUAAGUGCAUAAACCAGUUAGCAUUGUGAGUGCAGUGAAUGAUUUUGUUUAAAUAACCCGGGUCAUGUUCAUCUGGACGUAUCCUGUGACUGUGUCCUUCCCUGAAGCUGCAUAUAAUCAGGGAGUGUUUGUUUACAUUAUCUCUUGAAAUGUAACACAUUUUGUUUUAUUCUUUUUUUAUUUGUGUAGUCUUAUGUUGUUCAAUUAUCAAAAUCAUCACCAUGUGCAUCUCAUUCUAUUUGUGCAAGAGAUGAUUUUAUAAAAAGAUAAAAGAACAUAUAAAAGAUGACCAUUUCCAGAAAGUGCCAUUCUUUUAUUUUCAUGUUGCAUAAUGUUAUUUUUCAAAUCUAAAGAAAACAUCCUGCAAUUUAAUGCGAACGACUGAUAUAUCUGGUGGGAAAACCCACUUUGCUAACAGAGUAAAAGAGACUUUAUUUGAGAACAGACUGUUGAAAAGUAACUACAAACAAAAUUCCAUUAACGACAAGUGAUUUAGUCGAAAGGAGACUAAAGAAGACCAUGACUGGAGGUGUUGUGAAGCUUACAGCUAUGUCUGUGCACAUAGCAGUUUUCUGGCUGAUACUGGUCAGUGUUGAAGGAUGGACAUAUCACUUACAUAACAAGGCAAUGAAUUGGAAUGAGGCAAGGGAGUGGUGUCAAAAACAUUACACAGACAUUGUGAUGGUUCACAAUGAAAAUGUAACAAAUCUCCUUACAAAAGAUUUGCCAAGUAGAUCCUCAUCUCCUUACUACUGGAUUGGACUCAAAAAUAUCAAUGACAGUUGGACGUGGGUUGCCAAUGGACAGAUCGCGAACUAUCAAAAUUGGGGAGAUAAAGAACCCAACAGUGUUCUGCCUGAUGAAAACUGUGUGGAAUACAUCAGCAACCCAAAAAACAACGGCAAGUGGAAUGAUGAGAGCUGCACCAGACCAAAGUAUCCCGUGUGUCACAAAGCACAAUGUCUAAACAAUUCAUGCAGUGAUAGAGGGCGCUGCACAGAACAAGUCAACAACUUCACCUGUGAAUGUGAGCCAGGUUUCAUUGGGCCACGCUGUGAAAAAGUCGUGACAUGCGAGCAACUAUCCGCACCACCACAUGGCUCGAUGGAAUGCUCCGGUCUGUAUGGGAAUCAUUCCCUCAAUUCAAAGUGUAAAUUUUCCUGUGCUGGUGGUUAUAAGCUGAGUGGCACGGCUGAGCUCCAAUGCAAUUCCUCAGGUGCAUGGAACGUACCUCCACCUUUAUGUGCAGCACAAUGUCUAAACAAUUCAUGCAGUGAUAGAGAGCUCUGCAUAGAACAAGUCAACAACUUCACCUGUGUAUGUGAGCCAGGUUUCUCUGGGCCACACUGUGAAAAAGUUGUGUCAUGUGAGCAACUAUCCGCACCACCGCAUGGCUUGAUGGAAUGCUCCGGUCUGUAUGGGAAUCAUUCCCUCAAUUCAAAGUGUACAUUUUCCUGUGCUGGUGGUUAUAAGCUGAGUGGUACGGCUGAGCUCCGAUGCAAUUCCUCAGGUGCAUGGAACGUACCUCCACCUUCAUGUACAGCACAAUGUCUAAACAAUUCAUGCAGUGAUAGAGGGCUCUGCAGAGAACAAGUCAACAACUUCACCUGUGUAUGUGAGCCAGGUUUCUCUGGGCCACGCUGUGAAAAAGUCGUGUCAUGUGAGCAACUAUCCGCACCACCGCAUGGCUGGAUGGAAUGCUCCGGUCUGUAUGGGAAUCAUUCCCUCAAUUCAAAGUGCAAAUUUUCCUGUGCUGGUGGUUAUAAGCUGAGAGGCACGGCUGAGCUCCAAUGCAAUUCCUCAGGUGCAUGGAAUGUACCUCCACCUUCUUGUGCAGUGGAGUGUUUUCCCCUUCUUUUGUUUGGUGGUGGAUUGAUGAACUGCACUGAAGGACAUGACAGCUCCAGAUCUACUUGUAGAGUAGAGUGUCCACCUGGACAUUUGCUGCUGGGCUUCGCUGAGUUCACCUGCAGAGCUGAUGGCAUGUGGGAGUCUUCCUUUCCACUGAUGUGUGCAAGUUUUAUCCAUUCUCUGAUUGCUCUUUUGUCAUCUGUUGUCAUCUCAUUGUUUUGUGGCUGGUUUUGUUGCUCCAAGCGCAGAAAGAGUAAAAAGGCAGUGAGAAUGAGAACUCAACAGGAAACACUGAAUCCAGCAUUUGAAGCAGAACAAACACCACCAGAUGGCCCUCUAUAUUCAGCAUAAGAUGUCUUUGAAUAAAGGGACUUGAUGUUAAUUUGUUUUUUUUUUAUUUAAUUGCCAAAUCUUCUUCAGUUCGUUCUCAUUUUUUAGAGACUAUAGCUUUUGUGUAUACAAAAAAUGAAAUAAAGUCAGUAAUCCCAUUGUCAUCUUUUGCA